AUGUUUAGCAAAUUCAAGGGCCUCCUCAGUGGCCCGCAGGCGCCAACAGCUCCUGGGACCAACAGAGUGGCCCCUGACCCAUCUCCAGCUCCAGCUCCAGCUCCAGCUCCGGCCUCAGCUCCAGCUCCAGAUCCGCCCCCAGCUCCGGCUCCUGCUCCAGCUGAGGAGGCGAAGGCGGACGAUAAGGGGAAUGAGGCCAAACCGCAGGACCCGACCCCAGCCCCUGCUCCAGCCCCUGCUCCAGCCUCAGGCCCAACCCCUGCUCCAGCACCCGGCACUGCAGCAGCUCCAACUAACCCUGAUCAAGCUGGACCUGAUGGACCAGAGCAGCCCCCUCCUCCGCCCCCGCCCAUCGUCAUCAAUAGGUACUCAGACGAUCAGCUCCGGUCCAUCAUCAAGCUGAUGAGGGAGAGACAGGCGCUCUACAAGGAGAAAGUGUUGGAUCAGUACGCUUCUUCCCCCGAGAUCACCCCUCCCGUCACACCUCUGCUCCGCAAGGACAACUACGCAAUAGUCAUCGAGGAGAGGAAGAGACAAGCCGAGGAGGAUCGGAUAAAGAAGGAGGAGGCGGAUAAGAAGAAGAAAGAGGAGCAGGCGCAGAAGAAGAAGGAGAAUGACCAGAAGAAGAAGGAGGAUGAGGAGAGAAAGAAGGCGGAGAUGGAAGAACAGAAGAAAUUGGAGAAAGUGGCCAUGAAGACCAAGGUGACCGAAGCCGCGUGGCGCACUGUGGACACCGUGCUGAAGCCGUUCGAGGAGAGUAUGGACUCUGUGGUGGGGCAGACCAUCGACCCGUUCACAGACCGCCGCUACAUUGCCUGGCUGAGCCUGGUGACCCUGGCCUUCAACUACAACACCUGGUUCAUCACGGCCCGCCUGUGCUUCCCGUACCACACGGCGACCGCCAUCCCAUUCUGGUUCGCACUGGACCUGCUGGCCGACCUCAUCUACCUCAUCGACUCCAUCCUCUUCCAGUCCCGCAAGCAGUUUGUCAAAGGUGGAGACAUCAUAAAAGACAGAGAAAUGACGAAGAAGAACUACAGGGAGUCAGAGAGAUUCAAGAUUGACAUGCUGUGUCUCAUUCCUUUCGACUUGCUGUACUUGCAGUUUGGAUUCAAAUCCAUUUUCCGAGUCAAUCGUCUGCUGAAGGCGGAUACGUUCUUUGAGUUCAGUGAUCGUCUGGAGAGCCUCAUGGCCAAGGCGUACAUCUGGAGAGUUAUUCGGACCAUCGGUUAUCUGCUCUUCAUGCUCCACCUCAACGCUUGCUGCUACUACGUGGCCUCAGAGUACCAGGGCAUCGGCCAAACUAAAUGGGUCUACUCGGGCCUCGGCAGCGCGUACCUGCGUUGUUACUACCACGCUGUCCGCAGUCUGAUCAACAUCGGGGGGCUUAGCGAGCCCCACACCGUCUUUGAGAUUACCUUUCAGAUGACUAACUUUUUCACGGGCGUCUUUGUGUUCUCCAGUCUGAUCGGACAGAUGAGAGAUGUCAUAGGUGCAGCCACAGCCGGACAGACAUACUUCCGAGGCUCCAUGGACAACACCGUUGACUACAUGGUGAACAACCGCAUCCCAACGAUGGUGCAGAACAGAGUCCGCACCUGGUACACGUACACCUGGGAUGCUCAGGGCAUGCUGGAUGAGUCGGAGCUGCUGGACAAAAUGCCUCUGGUGAUGAGAACCGCCAUCGCCGUGGACAUCAACCUGACCACCUUUCAGAAGAUUGAACUGUUCAAGGGCUGCGACCAGCAGAUGUUGGUGGACAUGUUGCUGAGGCUCAAGUCAAUCGUCUACCUACCUGGAGACUUUGUGGUGAAGAAAGGGGACAUCGGUAAAGAGAUGUACAUCAUCAAAGGUGGAGCGGUGCAGGUUGUGGGAGGACCUGACAACAGCAUUGUGUUUGUCACACUGAAGGCCGGCUGCGUGUUCGGAGAAAUCAGCCUGUUGCAGUCUUCCAAAGACGGAGGAAACAGGCGCACAGCUAACGUCAAAGCGUACGGCUUCGCUAACCUCUUUGUCCUGGAGAAGAAGGACCUGUUUGACAUCCUCGUCCACUACCCCGAGUCUCAGAAAGUUCUUGCCAGGAAGGGAAGGAAGCUAAUGAAGGCCAAGGGUCCUGCAGCAGCGAAGGUGGACGAGGAGAAGAAGAAGGGACUCGCUCUCUUUGGACCCAAACCAGCGACGCCCAAACUGCUCCGAGCUGUCGGUGGAAACCCCAAAAAUUUCAUCGACAGGAUGAGGGCUGCUGCUUCUGGAAACUGAUUUUUUCCGUUUCUUAUUAUCUCUCUUUUGAGAGUGAAUGUACAGCUUUAUUUUCAAUAUCUUACUGCUCUUUUUUUACUGACUGCUUUUUUCUGUUGUAGCACAUUCAUUUUUGGAUUAUUUUUUUGUAAAGGCUUUUCAACUCAUUUCACCGAUGCUCUGAGGGCGGAACAAUUAAGGAAUGUCAGUUUGAGAAGCUAUAAAAUGGAAAAUACUGUAAAUUAUUAUAUUUUUUCUUUAUUAAAAUUGAGGGGCUAUUAAACGGCAAAUUACAUGUCAGGCAAACACAGGUAAACCACUCUGUCUCACCACACCCCAAAAAGAAGCAAUGAAACACAACAUAUUAUACAACUGUAAGAUUAACAUAAAAAUAUGACAGUAUGGAAACAAUAUAAUAUAAUAUAUCAAGUAUUCAUAAUAGAAUGUAUGAUUGUAUUAGAAUAGUCCGACAAAUUAUUACAAUACAACAACAAAAAGAGGAUUUAAACUAAAAGCCAAAUUUUCAUAUUUUAAAAUAUAUGACGUGCAAUAUUUGGAAGACUGCUGCCCCUAGUGGAUACUGCCACUUAUAUACUAUAGGAAUAUACUGUAUAUUUUGUGUUUAUGAGCAUUCAUUGACUUUGUAAUCACAGUAGUUAAAUGAAAA